AUGGCGCCGUCCGAUGACCGGCCGGUGGCCGCCCGCCAACGCAGCAGCGCCGACGAUGCCGCCCCCGACCGCGACGAUGACCAUGACGAUGUGUCGACGUACACCGUCAGCGACGACGGCUUCUCGCUGUCCGACACGUCGGAGCGCCGACGCCUGAUCCGCCACAAAAAGUCGGUCCGCGCCGUCGCCCUCGUCGUCGCCACCCUCAUGUCGCUCUGCGCCGGCUCCAACGCCGUCUUCUCGCUCUACGCGCCCAAGUUCCAGUCCCACCUGCGCUACACCCAGUUCCAGGUCAACGGCGUCGCCAUCGGCAGCUCCGUCGCCCUCUACCUGCCCAUCUCUGUCAUGGGCUACGUCUGCGACCGCGCCGGGCCCGCGCCGCUGUCCCUGCUCGCCGCCCUGCUCUUCGCCACCGGCUACGGCAUCGCCGCCACCAUCUACCGCAAGCUCGACCUCGAGUACAACAGCGUCGGCGGCAAGGUACCCGACGGCCGCAACGAGUGGGGAUACCCACUCAUGGUGUUUGCCUUUGUCUGCAUCGGCGCCGCCACCUGCGCCAUGUACAUUUCGGCCGUCUCGACGUGCGCCAAGAAUUUCGGCAAGGGCAAGUACAGAGGUCUCGCCCUCGCCCUGCCCAUCACGGCAUUCGGCAUCAGCGGCAUGUGGAUCAGCCAAUGCGCCAGCCAUUGGUUGUACACGGUCCUGCCGGAUGGCACCAAGGGUGAUGUGGACGUGUUCCGCUUCUUCCUCUUCCUGGCUUUGCUCCUGCUUGCUGUCGGCGUUCUGGGCUUCUUCACCUUGAAGGUGGUGGACGAGGAAGAUUUGAUCGAGGGCGCCAUCGAAGAGUUGGAGCAAAGCGGUCUUUUGGACGACCGCUCGCUGCUCCGACGUGCGGAGAGGGGAUAUGGAACGAACAUGCCUGCAACGCCGGCUUCCAUCGAGAGCGCGCCGCUGCUUGCUGCUUCGUUUCGAGACGAAGACGACGCUCAGUGGAAGAAGAACUGGGUUCUCAACGCCGAGACGAGGAGGUUCUUGGCAGAUCACACCAUGUGGCCCUUUGCGCUUGCUUUCCUGUUCAUGGUUGGACCUGGUGAAGCAUUUAUAAACAAUCUCGGUACUAUUAUUGGAACCCUAUCACCCCCACGUACGGAUGGCUUCGGUAGCGAUACAUCGGCGGCUACCCACGUUUCAAUAUUUGGCCUUACAAGCACCUUGGGUCGCAUGUUGAUCGGUACCAUUACCGACCUAGUCGCUCCCGCACCGCAGACGCAACAUGCGCAGCUUCCCAUCCACCGCACCUCGAGGCUUCAGCAAUUUACCAUUUCCCGCGUUGCAUUCUUACUCUUCGCCGCCAUGACCAUGUCUCUGGGCCUAGCGUUCCUCGCCUCGGGCGCUGCGCAGAACCACCCCGACCGCUUCUGGGUCGUCUCCGGUCUUGUCGGCGCCGGCUACGGCGCCAUUUUCAGUCUUGCGCCGCUCAUCGUCACCAUCAUCUGGGGCGUUGAGAACUUUGCCACCAACUUUGGCAUUGUCACGACGCUCCCUGCGCUCGGUUCGACCUUUUGGGGCCUUGUCUACGCCGCCGGCUACCAAACGGGCGCAAGCCAACCCAGCCGACCGUCCGGGCCGGACGACAGUGUUGGUGAUGAGCUUUUCUGCUACGGAAAGAGCUGCUAUUCUGCCACGUUUUGGGGCGAGGCCGUGACCGUCUGGAUUGCCUCCGCCCUGCUGCUCUGGGCUUGGCUGGGGCCUGGUGGAUGGAAGCAGCGCGGCAUUCUCAUCUAG